CGAAAUCUUACGCUACAGUUUUAGAAAAUUCUUUAAAGCGUGGAUUUCGUUAGUUUCAAAAUCAUCCUAUCAAGGAAGGACCAGGCAUUAACGUCAAUACCCGACGGGCCGCGCAGCGCAAGUUGAUCGCGAAGGUCCAAGUCGCGUUCACCGUACCGAAGCACUACAGAUCAACUUGUCUGAUAAUGUGAUUACUAACUGAUGAGCCGGUUUUUGGCUAGCAACACAUGGAACGACAAAUGUAUCAUUUUGUGAGGCACUGCUUAAUAAUACAUGGGAUUACUAAUAAAGCCAGGCUCGCGGAUCGUAUGGGACGAUGACCUUAUCAGUUCGCGACUAGAUUGAUGAUCCAUUAUCUUCAGGAGUAUUUCUGAAAAAUACAAAUAAGAGCGGUUAGCCUCUUAGAUAAAGUUUAUAUGUAUUUAGAAGAAUAACGAAAAAUAUAUUGUACACCAUGUCUGCUAAACCAAUGAACUGGAAUACUAUCCGUCUACGUUUGCAGCAGGUUAUGGUCCAACCACCAUCUCUUUGGAAUAUCGAUGAAGAGAGCAAGCUUAGUGGCACUGAAAAUUUUUUCAAGUGGCAGGGUGCCCUGGCCUUCAAGCUUAGAAUCACAGGUUUACAUCUCUAUGAAUACAUGGUUCACGGUACUACCCCACCAUGUGAAACUGGGAUGAUAUCUGAUGUGGACCAAGAUGAAAUGCGCAGUCUAUUGAGCUCAUGUGUCACCUCUGCUUUGCUUGAUUCUGUUAAGGGACAUGCGUUGUUGUUCUUGCAAUCUCAUUACAGCGCUAAUAACUUCAAGGACACCGGUCAUGAUUUGUUUAUUUUCUUGCAAGAACAAUUUGGUUAUGUGUCCUUGUCUAUGGUCUGGAGACGUAUCCUCGAGAUUACUCAAAAGGGUUCCUCAAAGUCUUGUGAUGACUUAUUGUCUCAGUUCUUUGAGCUCCAAGUUAAUGUGCUCAACAACCUGUCGCCCCAAGAAUUGGGCAGUUGUUUGUUGGUUGCUAGUUUGAAAAAUCAAGGUGUUUCCGAGGAUUAUAUUGAACAGAUUGCUACCACGUAUUUGUCGAAGUUUAAGUAUCUCGAGCCCCGUAACUUACCUGAAGGUGGAUCGUUGCAGAGGUGAAGGUAUCAAGACUAAUUAAGAUGCGUUGUGGAGGGUCAUGUGUCUAUGAACGUCCAGAGAUGGAUGGUGUGUAACAAUAGAUCAUCUUUGGUCUAUCAUAUAGCCUUACUAGGGCUGGAUCCUAAUAAGUGUACAUUCCACGGUUACCAAGAUUCUUUCAUGAUGCUUAGAGACUAAACAGAGUGGCAGCUCAUUCGACUUUUAACCAAUAUCCGACCUUUUCAUAGCACAUCACUAUAUUGGGACACAUUUCCACUUCAGGGGCUACCCAGAACCAUAUACCGACAGACAUUGGAUCUUUGAGUACCUAAUCAGAUAUGACAAACCUUGAUAAUCAGCUGUCAUUAAUAUGAUAUCUCAACAGCGUUACGGCUUACUCAUCUAGAUUUUAAGCAGUAUCAAAUUUGCUCUGAAGACAUAUAUACUCUGGUUUCUAUGUCGAGGGAAAAAUGA